AUGGAGAAUAUCCUCUGUUUUCUGAGCAGCUAUAUUGAGACAGGGCUGAGCCCUGACUCACAUUACUUGGAUAUUGACCCCACCUUCAUUUGCUUGAGUGGGUUGGGAUUGUUUAUACUGUACUUGUUCUACAUGGUAUUGACCCUGUAUUUGUCACCCACCGAAAAAAAUAAUGACAUCCAAAAGCAUCAGGGCAGACCCAGGAGGAGAAGGAAAGGUGGAACAUUAAAAGACGGCAAAAGUUUCCAGAGGGAAGUAGAAGAGGAAAGGAAGCUGCUUUCUAUUCUGAAAAGCUUUGGAUCUCCUGUUUCCUGCGGUCUCCUGGGCCAGCAUCAUGAUACCACCCGCUUUCGUCGACUGUUAUGCCCAGACCCCCUCUGUCAGGUGUGUAACAGGGCAACUGCUGAUAUCCAGCGACUGCUGUCUUGGGAGUCCCUGAAAGAUGCUGCUCCUUCUGUGUCUCCUUUGACUUCUGCAGCUUCUGCAACUGAGUCAUCGUUCACUCUGUCUUCCACCCCCUCAGCAACCCCUCCAGAAGACCUAAUAUUGUCCCCUCGGCCUAAGCCUUCUCCACUGCCCCAGUUAAUUCUCUCACCUGACUUGAUCACCUCCUUAGCUGACUUGUUUUCACCCUCAUCACUGAGGGACCCUCUGCCACCAUAGCCUGUUUCUCCCCUGGAUUCCAAGUUCCCCGUAGACCAUUCCCCACCCGAAGAGCUUCCCUUUCCCCUUCUCCCACAACAUCACAUUCAGAGAGCGGAGCCCAACCUCUAUCCUGUGGCCAGUAUGUCUCUGAACACCACCUUUUCACUUGACUCCACCAUAUGCCAAGAUAUUUCCCAGGCCAUGAAUCCCACUGAUUCACGUGCUCAUCAUCACAAACCACCAAUCCCAUCUGCUUUACCAUCAGAAGACUGCACUGUGACUCCGUUGAAAUCAAGACUCACCAUCUUGAAGCCUUUUCCGGAGACGUUAUCUCUAGGUGGCUCUGGUGGGACAUCCACCUAUGCCCCAACAAUCAAAGGCAUUGACAUUCAUGCCCUGCAUCUUCAGAAUUCUCCUGGUGGCAUCCUCAUGCCAAGGACUCUUUUUCCUCCAAUUUUGUGCCAUCUGAUUUCAUGGAGGAGCUUCUUACCCUUCAUUCUUCUGAGGCCCCUUUAGGGUGGCACUCUGUGGCCAACGUCAUACAGCCUGUUAACAUCUCCUUUGUCAGUCAUGACAUUCUGGCACUCCUGGAGAGACAAGUCAAAAAAAGGUGUGAUCUCCUGAUGUGGAAAGAAAAUGAAAACAAAGCAGGAUCUUUCCCAACACAACUUAGGCCAAACUACCAGCUAAAGUCUUCACGGAAAAUGUUAGCCUCAAUUGCUGAUAAGCAUGACUUGGCAGCCUCCCUUACUUUUUGGGCUAGUAAAGGCAAACUAGAGGGGCAGCACAUCCAUCAGCAGCCCCCAUACUCUAAGUGCUUUGAGGACCAUUUAGAACAAAAAUAUGUGCAGCUCUUCUGGGGUCUCCCAUCU